AUGACAAACAGUUAUAUCGAUACCGAAUACCAAGGUCCAACGAUAUUGUAUCCGGAAACAGCAGAAGCAAAUGUGCUCGAGGAAUGGUAUCAGGAGCUCUCCAUCUUUUUGCCAUUGACCAACGAAUGGACUCUCUUGGACGCGCUCGGCGCCAAACUCGAAACCUCGUUCUAUGAGUACACGCUCGAGUACGACUCUAAUAACAAGUACAGCGAUGACAACUGCCGGCUAGGAGGAUACAUGGAGAAUGGUACAGCAGUCUAUGGAUGCUCUUGGGCCGAAGGCUACGCUAUGAACGAAACUCAAAAAUACAAGGCGCUAGAGGGAACCGUCUUUCAGACUGGUCGUUUCGAUCAACCAAAAUGGGACGCCACGUACUUAUACAACCCCAAAACAAGUCUCAACCUAACAGAAGAUAUGCUCAACGAUGUCUUGGCCAAGACCAUCAUUUCAGCUAUCUCUUUGGGUACUUGGUGGGAUAUGGUACCCGUCACCACCAUCCGCUACCGUAAUACCUACUCUUUCAGUAACCCGCUCAACCUUAUACUCCCCUAUAGCAUCUGCUUAGUCCUUGCUGCAUUAUUUGCCGCCAUCGCAAUAUGGUCGUCCUGGCGAAAUAGGGUUCCCACGACCGACGGUGGAUUUGUGCAGAUUAUGAUGGCGAUAAGAGGAAAUACAGAGAUGGAGAGAUUGGUGUUGCGGGAAAGACUGAUGGUAGUUGAGAAUAUGUCGGACGAGCUAAAGAGUUUGAAGAUUCGAUAUGGUGAGCUGGUUGAUGACGAUGUUCUGGGAGUUGAUGACGAUGCUCUGAGGGUUAAGGGAAGGAGAAUGGGGUUCGGGACUAUGCGGGAGACGGUCAGUCUUAGGAAGAGGAGGUAA